AGUGUAUCAUCUUAGUUUUAACAUGUUUUCUAGACUCUAGUCUAGAUUGACUCCCUAGUGAAUCUAGAUCUAGACUGAUCUUGAAUUGUUAUUACUAAUAAUUAGAUAGACUGUCUACUCUACUAAAUUAGAUCUAGAUAGAUCUAUUAAUCUAUUACUUACAUGACGUCAAGAGUAAAGUCUAGUAUCAGUAUCACUAUCAGUAUGAUUAUCAUCAUGAUCAUCUAUUCUAUUGAAUUGAUUCAAUGAUUGUUGGAUAAAUACAGUCUUGCAAGCCAAGAUUAAAAUAUGUCUAAUCCAUCUACCACAAGAAAAGAGUCACAAAGGGCUACUGAGCAAGAAACAAAUUCUUCAACAAACAAUGUGAAGAAAAAAUUGCAAUGUGAUUUGUGCAAGUUGUCAUAUCCUUCAGAGAAAGAAUUAACAGAGCAUCUUGUGUCAUUGAUGCAUCACAAUAAGUUAAAAGAUAAACACAAAAAUGUUCCUCACUGUUGUAGUCUGUGUGGCUACACUUGCUACAAUAUGGCAGACUACAGAACUCACAUAGCCACUGAGAAACACCAGAGAAAACUUUCUGUUCUGAAAGGUGAACCUUGGACAGGCAGCAAGUUUAAAAAGAAGACGGACACGAACAGAUGGAAAGGACAUUCUGGCAAUGCUUCAGAUUUUCAUCGUUCUCAAAGAGUUUCAUCAGAUUUUAACAGCAUCACAAGUGACUAUUUACCCAAUGAUGAUUUUAGUGCUUAUCCUAACUGGCAUAAUAGACAACUAAACAGGAGACAGUUUAAUGAAGACAGUAAUAACUCACAUUAUGGUCGACACACACAGAGUAGAGGUAAUCGGGGUCAGUAUAAUCACUUGAACUGGAGCAGACAGCACCACCAAAGGCCAGGAUCUGAAACACAUGAACCUUGGGGUUCUGGUGUGUAUGGGAAGCACAACAAUGGUGAAGCUUAUUAUUUUCGUGGAAAUGGUGCUGGUAGGAUUGUCUCUAAAAAGAAUUAUGAUUUUACCAAAGAUAAUGUGGAUCUAACUGGUAGUGACUGGGAUGAGCAUUCUCUUGUUAGACAGGAGCAGUUUCUGGCUGACAUAUCAAAAGAGCCCUACAAAAGUCCAUUGCCAUCAUUUUGCACUACUGAGAAUAAUAAAGAUAAAUUUGAAGAAGAGAGGCUUUCAAGAGUGAAUGAAUUUUAUGGAAGAGACAGAAAACGGCCACGCAGUGAUGACGUGGUUGAAGAAUCUCUUCCCAAGUCUCUGAAAUCAUUUGAUUCCACUUCAUCAGAUUAUAACCACAACUUAGAGCCUGAGAGUUUAGGGUCCUCAAACCUAGGAAGAAUGUCACCACAUGACAAGAGCGCUAUCACAGAUGCUAGCAACAGUAUAUUGGAGAAGGCAGAGCGCCUGUGUAAAGAGCUGAGAAACAAAAAUUCACAGGAUACUUUUUACCAAAUGAGAAAAUCUGAAACAUCAUCAGGGGAAAAAAGUAAUAGCACAAAAUAUAAGGAGGGCCAAAAUAAAUUGGAUAAAAAUGUUUCUAAUAAUUUCCAGCAGCAUUCACAGCAGACUAAUAAGUCUAUUAGUUCAGCUGAAAGAGCAGCACUUAACAAAGUGGAUGUCACAAAAAGUGACUCCACAAAUAGUGCUGUGGAUACACAUUCCAAAGUUGAAAGAAACAACUCUAAAGCACCAGAUUCUGAAACAUCUUCAGGCUCACAGACAAUGAAAACGCUCACUUCCAGAAAAGCUCACCAGAAAGCCCUCACUAGCCCACUGAAAGCCAGGUCCCCUGUCCAUGUAUCCACAGACAACAUUCACUCACCACCAGCUGCAAGCAGCAUUGCACAUUAUGAAGACAACAUGGACUCGUUAAAGAAAAAUCGACAAAGAACUCUGUCCUCUGAAUAUGGUGCUGAAAGAUCUGCUGAAUCAGCAGAAAAAACAUUACAGAAGUCUACAGUUAAGUCAAUAUCAAAAGACCAUCUUCAGAAACUUGUAAAUGCACCUAGAUCUAGAGAUGAAAGGCUACAACUAGCCAAGUUACUACAUUCCAAGGGACACAAAUAUGCAUCUUCUACUGCACUUCGGUCAACUCCUCAGCUUGAAGGCCUUUAUGACUCCGAGGUUCCUGACAUAAACACUGAUCUGGGAGAUCUUCCUACUGACCUUACCAUUAAAAUAGAAGAUCUGUCUGACGGUGUCCGCCAGCAGUUAAUGGAUCUGAUAGGGGAAGAUAUCAGGGAGGUUUUGAAUGCAUCUGGCAGAAUUGUACCUCCUGGCAAUGUGGUUGAAGUUUCUGAUGAUGACUGCCAGAGAUCCUAUGGCAAUGAACUGAGACCACAUUCACCUCAUAGGUCUGCAGAAAAUAUCCAUACAGACAAUUUAGAGGAUGUUCCUUUACCCAAAAAGAAAAAGAAAAAGGAAAUAAAGAAAGCUGUGGACAUCAUUCCCUCAUCUAAGCCGUCACAUGCAACACACAUGAAUCCCAAUCAAAAACUUUUAGGAUAUGCUCAAGCUAAAGACUCAGGAAGCUUAGCAAGUCCACGUGUUUCUGCAGUUUCCAAUAGUUAUCUAAAAGAAGGGGAUAUAAACAGUACAGAUCAACACUUGAGUACUCCACCAGCACAGAGCACAGCUGAUAAAACAAGCAAGUUAAAUGAUUUCCAAGAAAAGCGCCCCAAAUCACCUUAUAAACCUAUAACUAGCCGAUCAAAAAGUCCCAUUCCAUCUCAAGAUAAAUCAGUUUUGAAUAAGGAUAAUGUGAACACUAGGUAUCCAACUCUCAUGGACACAGUCAGAUCUGCACCUCCUAGUUCCCCCUCUCCACAAACUUGCAACUCUCCAUUAGUUCAGGUUGAACCCUCUUCCUCUUUAUCAUGUAGUACUCCUGGAUCCAUUGCUUCAUCAUCCAGUGUCUCAACUCAGCCUGCUCAUACACUGCCCUCAUACAAGCAGUUCACCUUACCUCCGAGCACAUGGUUAGCUGAUAAAGCUUCAAGUCCAUUGGCUGCUAAGAGCAGUGACAAAACACAGGCAACUCUCGCUAAAGACAUACAAGACAAGUCAGACUUAAAAAAUGCGAAUGGGAUAUUAAAGACAGACACUGCUGUCAUUGAUAUUGAAGAACUUGGAAGGGACACACCCCAGUCAACAUGUACUGAAGGAACUGUAUAUGAAAGGGACUCUAGCCAGUCAGCAUACUCCAUCCCUGAAGAGUUGUUAAGCUUGUCAGAAAGGGAAGAAGACAUAAAACAAGAAAUGGUGAGCCUUGAUCUAAGACUGACUCGUCUCCACAGACUUUUGGAACAGGCAGUGGCUCAGAUUAAUAAGUGUACAGAGAGAAGAAAUCAGCUUCUUGAAGAAACCCAAGUAAUUUCCACUAAAAGGAUAACACUUUUAAGAGAAACUGCUGCAGUUCGUUUGAGAGGGAAAUCAAAAGAACACACUCCCAAUGCUACACUAGAGGCUUCAAGAUCUAAAGAAAGUAGCAGCAAGCCAGCCGACUCGACAUCUCUAACACCGAGUGAUGGUCAGGGAAAUUCUGGAACCACUUUGUCCAAAGAGGACUGGUUGGCUAAGUUUUCCUCCUUUCUUCCACCAGAAACUGUAUUAAAAGAUAAAGUGUCAACACCAUCAACAUUGUCCAGUAAACCUGAAGAACUAGCAGCUCCUCAAAGUGAAGCUCAUGUGUCACAAGCCAACAGAGCUGUGGGACUAAAUGACACUGUGCCAAGAAAGAGUGCAGCAGUCUUGGAGACCCAUGUAUCAAUGAACCAAACUGUAAAUCUUUCGGCUGAUAGAACAAUUGAUAGUUCUCCUGCAUCAAAUCCACCUCAGGAAAAUCAUCAGGUUAUGAAAGAUUUGCUCACUAAUAAAGGAACAUCUGCUGAUCCACUACAACAGAGGCUUCAGGAAAUAAUGAGUCUAACUACAAAUAACACUACUGAGACAACUCUCUCAAGUCACUCUGCAUUUUCAAGACAUCUAGAAGAACAGUCAGACAACUCCUUGGCUCAACCAACCCUUCAAUCUAUUUCUAGAAUUUUUUCUCGACCUCUUCUUUAUCUUGGAAGUUUCAAAAGUGCAGAAAACUUACCACUGCGUACACCAGUUAUAAUGUUAAAUGAUUCUGCCAUGCUGCAAACUGGUGCAGGAGAUACAAGCUCAGCCCAUUACUCUGUACCAGCCCAAGCUACAAAACCAGCACAGGCUAACUCUGCAGCUGAUGACUCAGAUAGUGGUAGCAUUACAAGCAGGGUUAGCGGAAGUUCCUUGGGGGAAAAGAUAUCACGCUACUGUCAAAAUACACCUGAGGCAUCCCUGGACUCGACUUGCAAGGCAAGGCCACCUGGAAACAGUGGGCUGCAGUCAGUCAUCAAACCUUGCUUUGUUUCUCUUAGUAGGGUGGAAGAUGUGUUGAAAAAAGAUAAGAUGCCUGUCACAAUGGACACAAAAACUGCUGAAGCAUUGCAUCUUCUGGAAAGGAAUAAAGAGAAUGAUGAGCAUGUCACUCCAUCCAGCAUCAUGUCAAGUGGGGUCAAGAAGAAAAAGAUGAAGACCAGACAGGAACGAGAUAUUAGUGACCUCCGUAGGAAGAUAAGGCACAGAAUUUUGUCCACCUCCUCUUCUGAUGGUGAGAACAGAGAAAGUAGAUUGGAUGAGGCUAUCACUUGUGGUUCAGCCGAACUGGUCAGCAGAACAGGGAACAUCAGUCCAGAGAGAUAUAAACAAGCUGCUCAGCCUUCCAAGACAAUAAAUAGCGAAAUGUCACCUUCGAAAUCCUUUUCUGUAGUAAGAGCUGAAUGUGAUUCAUCAACCAAUAUAGGUGUGGACAGAGACAGCAUUAAUGAAAGGCUAAGGGCACUUAAAGAAAUGAGAGAGAAUUUCGACAAAGCAUUUGGCCUGCCUUCCAAGACUUUAUCUGAUCGAGAAGUUGUCCUGCUAUCUGACGAUGAAACUACCCCCACUAGCAAAGGUGAAAAUCAGAAUAACUUGGAUAUCAGGGCAGAGGAGAAUUCCAAGAAAUCCUGUGACUAUCUUGCAAGUGACAUGCUGCAGACAAGUCUAAGCAAAAAGAGUUGUUUCCCAAGCAAACAUGGUCCUGUUGUAGAUCUUCAUGUUUUCCACUCUGAGUUGUAUGUAGCAUACUGCAAUUAUGGUGUGGCUAUUUAUAGCUUAGGUGACACUAACAAGAAAGCUCUACAAGAAAUUAAAUUUCCUGACCUUCAGUGCAUGACCGUGGCUGAGUUGCAGGGGUCAGUCAAGGUUAUUGUUGGGUGUGGUCCUCAGCUUGCAUUCUGUAAUCCUAAAGAUGUUUGUACCACACAGCCUGAAACCUUUGAUCUGGGCAGCCCUGUAAAGUGUUUGUUAGUAACAGGCUCCUUAGUUUAUUGUGGUUUAGACACUGGAGAAAUUGGUGUCUUUGAUACUAUGAAAAUGGAAUUAAAAGAUCGCUUCAUAUGUUCUGACCAUCCCAUCCACUGUCUGGCCUCUGCUCAAGAGGGCUCCUCCAGGCUGAUAUGUGCUUCCUCUCAAGAUGGCACAAUUCUUGUGAUCAAUGCACACACUGGCCUGCCACUUAGGAUAUUAAUAGGGCACAGCAAAACAGCAUUUUCAUUAGCAGUCAGUGGCCAAUUGGUUUACAGUGGUUCAGGUGACAGUACUGUGAUAGCUCAUAAUAUCCAUACUGGCGCUAUUGUUGAUAUUAUCAAUGAUAACAAGGGUUUAAUCAAAUGUGUUUAUUACCAAGAUGGCUUUCUUUUUACUGGUGGAAUGGACAGGCUGGUCAGAUGUUAUGAUAGAAAGAUUAAACAAUUAAUUCAAGUAUACUAUGGAGCUGAAAGAACUGUCAUCUGCAAAAUUUGUGUUCAUGAAAAUAUGUUGAUCACAGGUAAUACAACAGGAGCUGUGGAUUGCAUCAAAUUAGAUUAUACAUCACAGAACUGGUGUCAUAAAGGGGACUGCAAAUUAAACUUUGGCAACCGCUCACAUCUCUUCUGGCACAUCCUGGAGGAUCAUGACAUCACAGAGGUCAAGAAGGAAACAUCAGCUUUAAAACAACUGUCUAGCAAAGAAUUACUCUCAUAAAAUAAAUUGUGUGAAAUUUAAAUAUCUUAAUCCUUUACAGAUUUUGUUUCACCACAAGUUUUUAUGUCAGAUUUAAAGUUCAACAUCAAGUGUUGCUACAAAAUAAAUCAUGAAGAUACGUUAAAAAAACAUUCUGAGACAUUUCCCUAGAUAGAUUCACUAUUCUCUUAUCAGUUCACAUCUUACGCUUCUCCUAAAUAUAUGUAUAUAUUUUAUUUCACACAGUAAUGUCCCUGAGUUCAAUCCUUAUUUUUGUAAUCUAUAAAAAGAUAAUAAAAAUAAUUGUAAAAUUAUUUGAAAGUAACUCUUUAGUAAAUAUAGUGUAUAGUAUUCAUAUAUAACUUUGUGUUAUAUAGCAGAUAAAUAAACAGAAGAGCUGCUUUAUAAAGCAAAAAAAAAUAAUUGUAAAUUAUGAUUCUGUGAAAGGAAGCUUACCAAAGUGAGUUUUCUGACUGAACCUUAGAAUAAAUAUACUUUGAAUGUGUUUUUUUUGUAUUACUAAAUCUUGGGGAAUCAUAUCAUUGCUGAACUUAACUGAGCUCUUGUAUGAUUCAAUAAAUUUGUGACUAAAUAAUUUGGAUGUACAGUAAUUAUUGGCAAAUUAAAAUCUUAAUCACUAAAGCAACAACCUAUUCAUAUAAUGUUCUUAGUGUUAUAAAAUAUUUUCUUCUGUACUUCUGCAUUUAUCUUUACUCUUUGUUUUACAUAUAUUUUUAAAUAGAUCUUUACAAUCAUUCUUAGAUCAAAAUAAAAAGUUCAGUAAUUUUAUAUCUGAAAACAAAAACAUUUUAUGUAUAACCAGAAAGAGCUUGUAUUUUAUUUAAUAUAGGAAAAUAUUUCUUGAGAGGCCUUGUAUUUAAUAACUACCAAAAUAAUUUUCAUUAAAAUUAUUUCUUUUAUUCAUUGUAAUUUUGCCAAUAACGAUUUUCCAAAUAUAAACAUAGGUACCAUUUAAAUUAUUAUUAUUGUUAUAGCUUUUAUAUAGCGCUACUUUCAUGCUUAUAGCAUGCUCAGAGUGCUUUGGUCCAAUCUCAUUUGUGGACCAGUGGGGGGAGGGGUUCUCUAAGAGUUGGUUUUCCAUGCUUCCUUUAGGCGCUCAGUAAACACAACUCUGCCCGAGUCGGGUGUCGAACCUUGAGCCCCCUUCUAGGUAGCCAAGCCAAGUUCAAGCACACUUGGCCUCUCGACCACGCUUCCCUGAAUAAAGUUUCCAUUUUGCCAUCAAUCAAUUUUAAUCAAUUAAUGCUAAAGAACAAUAAAUGUGAGACUUGACAUUUAAAAUCCUAAUUAUGUCUUACUUACACUGAGACUUGCUGCAAACUUGACUUCAUCUUUAAAAAGCAACUAUUACUUGUCAGUUAAGUUAUGGUACACACUUAAUAUGACUUCUAUCAAAACUCCUGUCACCUUUCAUCAACAGAUUAGAAGUAACUUUGUAAAUGUUGUUUCUAUGUGAUAUUUGUAGACUUGUGUCUAGGUUUUUAUCUUGUUCUUUCAUAAAGAACAAUUUAUGUCUUGAGAAAACUUACAUUUGAUAAUGUAUUUAAUCAAAACAGAGCAGUGUAUUGUGGGUCUAAGUAUUCAAAAUGGCUGAUGUGUUUUUAUUUAAAUGAUAAACAUGGAAGGUUGACUAUUACAAACACAGUUUUAAAGUGAAUUUUUAAUUUUGAUGAUCAGUUGAUUUUUAUUAUUAUUAUUAUUUUAAUUGACUUUUAAUGUUGUACUCGCAUUUUUAAACUUGAAUAAAUAUUUGUAUUAUUGAAUUUUG